GGCUUUACUGGAGGAUAUGGCACAUGGAUCUCGUUCAGUCCGCAGUCCUGUACAGCGUCAUGACUCUUAUCAGUACCUAUCUUGUAGCUUUUGCCUAUAAGAAUGUCAAGUUUGUUCUCAAACACAAAGUAGCACAGAAGAGAGAAGAUGCCGUUUCCAAAGAAGUGACUCGCAAGCUGUCUGAGGCAGACAACAGGAAGAUGUCUCGUAAGGAGAAGGAUGAAAGAAUUCUGUGGAAGAAAAAUGAAGUUGCAGACUAUGAAGCGACAACUUUUUCCAUCUUCUACAACAAUACUCUCUUUCUGGUCUUGGUCAUCAUUGCUUCUUUUUUUGUGCUGAAGAACUUCAACCCCACUGUGUACUACAUUCUUUCUAUAAGUGCUUCAUCUGGACUGAUUGCUCUGCUGUCUACAGGAUCCAAGUAG